ACAUGUCCUGAUGCCUGACGGCUAGUUUUUGAAAAACCCAGCACAAACAUAAAGUUUACAGAUCAAAACUUGGGUGUUAAUUGUUGAACCCGAACACGCUUAUACUACUUAAGCAGAGAUACCAAUCUCUAAAUAUGAUCCAAAGCUGAUCCUAUUGUAAGUCCUAUGGAGAAACCUAAACCUAUAGUUGGAAAUGAGUUGUGCCAGAGGUGGCCGGUGCACGAGUUUGGCCCAACCUGGCAUGAGCCCGCUACUAGCUUGACAUGGUGCGGAAAGCACAAUAGUGGACUAUGCAUGGACAUCAUUUUUGAAAUUUGCACAACUUCUUGAGGAGUCUUAUUGGCAUGACGUGACCUGGCUCGUCCACCUUCACACGAGCCAACCAAAUGUAUGUGAUCCUCUUGUAAAAAGUUGGCACAACACAACUAUUCCUCAAGUCGACUGAUAAGGCACGAAACCUGCGAGCUAACUUAACAUGACUGAUUCCCAACUCUAUUCUAAAAUGUAGUUUACUAUUUUCUGUAAAAGAUCAAUAUGAACGAAAAAGAUAGAUACAAUUAUACUCGAUAUUUUUUUAAGGUAAGGAGAAAAGAAGGUUAGGAGACCCUCUGCACUAGGAGAGUUCCAACCUUAUCGUUUACAAGAAUAGAAUGAAGAGCGGAAUGAGUACAAUCAUCUAUAUUAAACUGAGAAUUAACUAAAUGACCGACGUUGGCGAUCCAAUAUGAUGCUUUGUUUGCUUCCCGGUAGACAUGACGAAUAGCCCAGGAAGAGAAAGAACGAAAAAGAGCUUGGAUACCUUGAUGAUAUGAGCAAUCUGCCAAGGAGGAGACCAUAUAUCUUUUACUGACUUUAUGACCAAAAGAUUAUCACCUUUAAUUUGGAGGUGACAGAUAUUGUUCUGGAUAGCUAGGCGAAGCCCUUGUUGAAGAGCAGUUGCGUCGGCAAUGAACACAAAAGAAGUUCCAAUUAAGUUCCAAAAUUGAAAGCUGUAGCUGUGAAGAAAUGACCAUCAGCAUCUCCAAUGACAAUGCCUGCUAUACAACUAUACUCGAUAUAGUAACAUCCAAAAGUACACCAAACAACUUCUAGAAAAUUUUAAAGCAACCCAACUCAAUUCACCAAACCUUAUACACCUCAAACUCAUCCACUCACUUUUCAACAAGAAAGUCCAUAAUCUUCACUUUCUUUUCUCAACAAGACCUUAUACUCAAUUUAUAUUGAGAAUCUUAUCAUCUAUAGUUGAAAAAAACUCUCAAAUAUCUCCAAAAAGUCAUAAAAAGAAUCCUUCACUUUCCUAGAAGCAGUUGUAAAGUAAAGCCAUCAUUCCUUUGUCUCCAUUCAUGGCAUCUUCCUUUGGCUGCUCCUACUCCCUCAAAUCCCUAAUUUUUUUAACAACAAAUCUUUUACUUUUCCUCACACCCACAAAUUCUAGAUUAGGUAAAAUCAACAUUUUAUUUUGAACAAACAAUACUCAAUCAUUACAAAUCAAAAUCAAAAUCAAAAUCAAAACCCUAAAAAAAACAUCACUCAUGAAAUCACAACCCUAGAAAUGCGUCUUCUUCUUCUUCUUCUCCUCCUCUUUCUCUCUCUAAAUCUUCUUCAACAACAACAAUCAUCAGCUCAAAACGACACCGUUUCACCACCAUCAUCAUCACCAUGUCCUCUAAACUUCACAACCCUAAAAACCCUAAUCCAAUCAACAAACGUAAAAUCAUCAAACGACGUCGCAUUAAACUGUCAAUACAUCGCAGAAGGUCUUCGACUCGUUCUCUCUCAAUACCUCAAACUCACUGGAAACUUCCACCCACCUCGUAACUCGGCCGAGUCAUGUUGGAACUCGUACGACUCAGUCGUCGACUCGUUCAUACCUAAUUUCAAAAUCAGACCUUCAUGUGGGUUUCAAACAUCGUUCAUAUCACAAGAUUGUAUGAACAUCACAACUCGUACUGAGUUCGAAAGAAUCGUUCCUAACUCAGCUAUAAACGACGCCGUUUCGAAUUGUAAUCAGUCUUUAGAAAAUGGGUCACCUUGUGCUUCGUGUUUAACGAGUUUAACUACUUUACAAGCUACUUAUCUUACUGGUGGAAAUAAUAGUGGGAAUAUUUCUGAUUGUGUUAAUCUACCAUUGAUUUAUGCUGGUGGUUUGAUUAAUCAUUUUGGACCGUCUGAUCUUGGUACUGUUAAGUGUUUGUUUUCAUUAGAUUUUAGUAGGGGUGAAAAUGGGAGUAAUAAGAGGAAGAAAAUGUUGAUUAUUGUAAUUGUUGUUGUGGGUUUUAUUGGGUUAUGUUUUGUUUUUGGUGGGUGUUAUGUUUUUUUGAGGUUGAGGAAGAGGAGAAGGUUUCAGAAGAAGAGGAGGAUUGUUCGGGUCGAGUCUGGGUCCGGGUCUGGGUCUAAAUUUCCGUCGUUUGGCAGGAGUACACAUUUGAUGAAGUUUAGUAUUGAUGAGAUUAAGAGGGCUACUAAGAAUUUUCAUAGGGAUAAUUUGAUUGGGAAAGGUGGGUAUGGGAAUGUGUACAAGGGUGUAUUGGUUGAUGGUACUGAGAUUGCUGUGAAGAGGUUUAAGAACUGUUCUGCAGCUGGGGACGCGAGUUUUACUCAUGAAGUUGAGGUGAUUGCGAGUAUUAGGCAUUUUAAUCUUGUGGAGUUGAGAGGAUAUUGUGUUGCCACUACUAAAUAUGAGGGUCAUCAGAGGAUUAUUGUGUGUGAUUUGAUGCAUAAUGGGAGUUUACAUGAUCAUUUGUAUGAGCAAAGUUUGGAUAAGAAGCUAAGUUGGCCGAUUAGGCAAAAAAUCGCGUUAGGGAUGGCUCGAGGAUUGGCUUAUUUGCAUUAUGGCGCGCAGCCUGCUAUCAUUCAUCGCGAUAUCAAAGCUAGUAAUAUACUUUUGGAUGAUAAUUUCGAGGCCAAGGUUGCGGAUUUUGGUCUUGCUAAGUUUAACCCUGAAGGGUUUUCACAUUUGAGCACGAGAGUGGCGGGUACUAUGGGCUAUGUUGCCCCGGAAUAUGCUCUUUAUGGGCAAUUAACCGAGAGAAGUGAUGUUUAUAGUUUCGGUGUUGUGUUGUUAGAACUGUUGAGUGGAAAGAAAGCCAUUUUAUCAGGCAAUGAUGGACAAGGGCAACCGUCAUUGGUAACUGAUUGGGCGUGGUCGUUGGUGAGGAAAGGACACGCUUUGGAUGUCAUAGAAGAAGGGAUGCCGGAAUUAGGACCUGAUUCAGUAAUGGAGAAAUAUGUACUAAUCGCGGUUUUGUGUUCGCAUCCACAGUUGUAUGCUAGGCCUACAAUGGAUCAAGUUGUGAAGAUUUUGGAGAGUGAUUUACCAGUUCCUUGUAUACCAGAAAGGCCAAUAUCUUUUAUUGCAGAACUUGAGGAUAUUGAGAGAUCUGCUAGUAGUAGUGGCUCAGGUCAAUUAUCAACUUCUGGAGGAUUUCAAUCAUAUUCAAUGGGAAAUGCUGAUUUUCCUUGUUAUAAUGGGCAAGAGGAAGAACAAGAUCCUGCCAAAAACUUGAAAUGCUAGAACUUUUUUUAUGAUUGUUCUUAGUUUAUUUGAAACAUUGAUCCCUUGUUUUGUACACUUUGUUUAUAUAGAUUUCCUUUGUUAAUUUUGGCUGGGAGUUUUGGGUUGUAGAUAGCACAUGUACUAUGAAUAGGAAAUAAUAGGAGAAGAUUGUAUAUAAAAGCUUAUAAUGUUACAUUUGAUUCAUACAUUAUA